UGUCCUUCGUAGGAAACUAAAACUUAUGUGCUUACAGGAUGAGUUGAGAUGCUAAUAAUUGUUAAAAGCCUGGAUAGAGGUUAGUGUAAAUAAUCAUCUGAUGGAGUAGUAACUUUAAACUUCAAAUUGCAAGUUUCAAUACAAAUGGCUUUCAACAGAAUAAUUAAAUUCCAUUUCACAUAGUAUUUCCAACUUUAUUCCCAUUACAGUAAUUUUACUGUACGAAAAUGUUUUGGCUUAUGUGAUUUAUGUUUUUCAACUUCAGUCAUAAUCUGGAAUUUUUUGUCUACUUACAGCCACCUGAUCAUAGAUUAAAUAAUAAAGUUACAUCGUGUCGAACCUAUCAGCUUACACGAACACAGCAAAUUAUUAUUGUUGUUUUAGCUUUGAAUGUGUGAAAAAGGAUACAAUUCCUGCGAAAAAACCAAAAAGGUUUGUUCGAUAAAUCGAAAUUAAGUCUUAGGAGUUUAAUUUAUACAUUUUUUUAUACGGUGCUUGCUAUUCGUGGAUGGUGGUAGUUACGAAAUGUAGCUAAAUUGAGUAAUAGCUUAGUGAACUGAUUGUUUUCGAAAAAAUAAUGGCUGAGGGACUGUUAAAAGUUGACGGCGGAGAAGAAAAUGUUUCUCGCCAUUCACCGGUGAUGAAAAUUAAACAUGAUUGGUACCAGACAGAAGCGUACGUCGUCGUCACGGUCCUGGCAAAAAACGUCGACAAAAACAGCGUGAUGGUCGAGUACGGAAGAAACAGCCUUGACGUGUGCGUGCGCUUUCCCGAGAGUCCUGACUACAUGUUGCACUUGGAUCUCGCCCAUCCUAUUGACCCGGAGAAAUCGGUUCACAAAGUUUUGGCCUCCAAGAUAGAAAUCAAGCUGAAGAAGUGCGACGGCAUCCACUGGGCGAAGCUGGAAGGCAGUCGAGACGAGGCAGCAGCUCCUAUGCCCUUCGCGGCGAGCGUGCCGGAAGACAGCGCCGCCCUCAAGUACCCGAGCUCCGCCCCCAACGCCAGGGACUGGAACCGCGUGGUCCUGGACGAAGCGGAGGGCCCGCCCGAGGGCGAAGCGGCCCUCAACGAACUGUUCAGGAAGAUCUACGUGGAUGGCACCGACGAGGUGAAGCGUGCAAUGAACAAGUCUUUCCAAGAGUCGGGUGGCACGGUGCUCAGCACCAACUGGAACGAAGUCUCGCGCCAGAAGAUCGAUGUGAAGCCGCCGGAUGGACUGGAGUGGCGCAAAUGGGAGUAGCGUGUCCGUGCUCUUUCUCUGGGUUGUGUUCUUAACAAUUGUUGCAUGUAGUAACUAUUGUCCUAUAAGAUAGGUAUGAGCUUAAAACAUUUUGCUACAUUUACAUACUAAAUUUUUUGCCUGGUCGUGUAAUUUACUACCAUCUGUAAAUCAUCAUUGUUCUGUUACGGUUUUGUUCAUUAAUAAAUGAAUGUAAGGUAACUUGUUAAAUGCAAUAAAUAUUAUUUCAUUUGAGA